AGGCGGGGCCCAAGAUGGCGGCGCCCACAGGGGCCUGGAAGAACCGCUCAUGUCCACCAACGGAGCGGUUUGGGGGCGCGUGCGGAGCCGUCUCCGAGCCUUCCCGGAGCAUCUGGCGGCCUGCGGAGCUGAGGCCUCGGCGUACGGCAAGUGCGUGCAGGCCUCCACCGCCCCAGGAGGCCGCCUGAGGAAGGAUCUCUGUGUGCGCGAGUUCGAGGCCCUACGGAGCUGCUUCGCUGCCGCGGCCAAGAAGACUGUGAUGGGAGGCUCCUAGGAAGGGCACAGGCGCCCUGCGCUCAUGGCGCACUUGGAGAGCUUUGGGGACUGAAGGAAAGCGUGGGCAGCGAAGAUCCCGGUGUUUUGUGUUCUUCUCAGCGUGAACCUGGGCAGGGUUUGUUUACCUGCAGUGUGUAUGAGCAUCUGGAUUUGAUUAAGAUGUGACAUAAACAGCAAUGAAGAUUGUUCAUAUUACAA